AUUGAAGUUCAACCAUUUUGGAUUGUUGACAGAAGCUGUGGAAACCAACCAUUGGCUUUAGAUCUAAUUCUAGAGCUAGCUAGAUCUAUUACGCUUUGAUAAUUUUUUUUUUAUUAAGCUUCUGUUGCGGACUAUUAUAUCAUUGCGUGGCAUAUUUAUCGCCACCAUGCCUUCUAAACCAGAAGACAUAAUGAAAGGUUUCAAACUUAACUGGAUGAACUUGCGAGAUGCAGACACUGGCAAGGUACUCUGGCAGUCAAGUGAUGAUCUAUCAGUCCCAGAAAAAGAACAUGAAGCUCGUGUCCCCAAAAAGAUUUUAAAGUGUCGAGCAGUGUCCAGAGAAAUUAAUUUCUCCUCCAAAGAACCCAUGGACAAGUUUAGAUUGGAGCAGAGAGUUUUGUUUAAAGGGAAAUGCUUGGAAGAAUGGGUCUUUGAGUUUGGCUUUGUCAUUCCUGGGUCCACCAACACCUGGCAGUCAUUGAUUGAAGCAGCCCCAGAAGGCCAGAUGAUGCCAGCUAAUGUUUUAAAUGGACAUGUUGUUAUAGAGACCAGAUUUUUCGAUGGUGAUAUGGUAGUCAGCAUAUCUAAAGUUCGUAUAUUCUACGUCUGAUACCCUGAACUCUUCAUCUGCUUGACACUAAAUAAGGACAAGAGGAAAAUGUGAACAAGCUAGAAAUUCAUAGGACAAAGUUUUAAAGGAAACACUUUUGUGUACCAUGUAGCUGAGCAAUAGACUUGAUUUCCAAAGCGAAGACGCUACAGGGGUCACAUUUGUGCACUCUUUUUAAGGAGAAAUGUUGUAAUCUAAUCUUUUAUUAGACUAGCUUUUAAAAAUUAUUUUUAAUUAGAUGCCCUGUGUUCAUUUCAUUCGAUUGAUGUCUCUUAAGAAACUGCAUCAGUUCUCGACUAAUGAGAGCCAUAGCUGAUUUGAGGUUUACGCUGGAGGCCAGAAAUUGUUGUCAUGCACAAGUUAGUUGUUAACUCAAGCUGGUCUUUGUCAGGUCUAGUUUUAUCUUUUUUUUAUCCUUAACUUAGUUUACAAGAGUAUUUAUUUUGUGAUGUAUUAAAAACAAAAUAUGGAAAAAAGUAACAAAACAAAUAGACAAAGUAAAAAAUUUCAAGUAAUUUUUAUAUAUAAAUAACAUUCAGUGUCAUACUUUGUUUUAACUUGUAUAUAGACUCCAGAUGUAAAUUUGUUUUGUCCAACAUUGUUUUUUUUUUUUUAAUGAUUGUACUUUUUAUGACAAUCGGUAUCCUCCUGUACUUGAUACUGUUUUAUUCCAGUGUAGACUUUUGUUCUUUGGGUUUCAUUGUGUAACUACCACUGACUGCAACUCAGUUACUUUAUUUAUUCUGUUAUCUAGGAUAAGAAACCGAGUUUUGUAUUUUAUUAUUUGCUCAACUUUUUGUUUGCGUUUUUAAGGAAAGAAACCAUUUUUUGGAAAUAUUUAAAAACCUAUUUAUGAUUAUUGAUUUUAAUUUUAAAUCAUCGAAUGAAAAUCAAAAAGUUAUUUUAGUAUUACUGAUAUAUUUUUUUUUACUAGACUGUAUUACUAUUUAUAUCAAAAUAUUUUAUGUUUGAUUCUGUUAUGAAGGAUUCCAUAUUUUGUAUCAUGAUCGAGUGAAAACAAUACCAUGAACGUGUGAAUAGAAAAUAAUGUUUUAUGACUAGAUUGCAACAGUAAAAAUAUGGACAACAAAACUUAAUGGUGACAAAACUUCAAAGCAACACAUUUUUUUUUGUUUACUUUGUUUUACUGCUUUGAAAUAUUCACACUUUUUAGAAAAAACAUUUUUUUAUCUCUGUUGUCAUAUAGCAUCAAAGAUUGAGAAAUAUUCUUUGCGAUUUCUCGUCUCAUAAUGUUGUCUUUAUUCAUUGCAGUCUAUCAGAUCAAAAAGUUAGGAACUUAACUAUAUUCUUCAGCAUUUCGUUAUUCCUGUAUUUUCUCCUUUUCUUUUAAUUGUAUACACCCACAAGAGAGACAAGAACUUACUGCUCUAAACUUUCCUAGCUUUUUAAAACCCUACCUAGCUUCACCCCAUAUAAGAGAGUCACAAUGGUGAUAAGAUUUUGGUCUGAAAUUCUUGAUACUUGAAGAGUUCCAUCCCUUUUAUAAGAAAAUUUGUAACAUUUUUGCGUUUGAAUGUGUGCGACUUUGGUUUUUAUCACCAGAUUUAUUUGAUUUUUUUGCUCUUUCAAUGUUCAGUGUAUCUGUAACCCACCUGCCAAUGAUAUCAUUUUAUUUCCUCUGGUAUUUUUUCAUAUUUAAUAUUUUUACCUGAAUGUCAAAAGUCCCAAAUAUUUAUUCAUAUAAGGAAAAUUUGAUUAAUGAACUUGUAAAUAUUCAGAGUCAAAGGAAUGUUGUGAUACAGUUUUAGGACGAUGGUAUUGAAUAUCAAAAUUGGAAGUAUAAUGAUGUCAUGCUACAGAAGUAUAAUGGUGUCAUCCUACGAAAGUAUAAUGAUGUCAUCCUACAAAAGUAUAAUGAUGUCAUGCUACAAAAGUAUAAUGGUGUCAUCCUACGAAAGUAUAAUGAUGUCAUCCUACAAAAGUAUAAUGAUGUCAUCCUACAGGAAUAAAAUGGCCCUCCAUUUGACCAAAGUUUUUAUUGAUUUUAUCAAACAGUAGAUGAUCCUGAAUCAGCUCAGAACCAGCAUUUUGUUUUCUUUUUAGGAAGUACCCAUUCCCCACUUUUGUUCAGGGUUGUUGAUUCACUAUGUUGACAGCUGUGUUUACAUUAUAUCUGAGCACUCUGUAGUCUUGUUUUGUAUGUCACACUGAUUUGAUAGUUAACUAUUUACUAUUGACUCCACCUACAGCAGCGACCUUAGCUGGACAUGUCAGUGGAGCAAUAGUUGCCAUUCAUUCCUGGAAUAGAUUCCGUCCAUCACCGUCUCAUUAUGAUGUUUAAUGUUGUAUUCACUUUAUGUCUUAUUUCCUGGGGCACCCCUUUCGAAUCUUGAUAGUCGUCUCACAAAAAUAGAUUCUAAAUCAUGGCAAUGUCAGCAGACUUUUAAAAGCAGUUGUUUGUUUUAGAUGUUAAUGUUUUGUACAUUUCUUUUUAGAAUUGAAGAUUUUUUACAUCCCAGGCCAAACCUCCUGCAAUGUGCUUAACACAGGACCAAGCAGAGAAUAUUUUUAGUCGCAGAUCUUUAAUCUACUGUAUUGCUGUCAUCUAAUAUAAGUAUAGGUUCUCAACAUGUUGACUAUUCCAGGUUGUAAUGCUUUCAGUAAUGUUAAUAUUUGGUUGACUUAAAUAUAGGUCACAUAUAGUUUAAAGAUUUGUGAUGACCUGGUUGUAAAGAGAAAAGUAAAAUUCCCCUUUCAGACCUUGCGAUCUAUGGGGCAGAUGAUGUAAAGGUCAUCUGUUUCUUUGGCCAACAGUUAACGAGCAGGCUGUCAUGUGGCCAGCACAACAACCAGCCGUCUUUACUUUCCCUAACUAAAGGAUGACCUGGUAGCUUCUUCUUUAAACCGUUCAUUCCAUGCCAUUGUUUUUAGCAUUGUACCUGGUCUCUCCAGGUUAAAGGUUCUCACACCACUGAUAGCUAUAGUGCCUUUUUUUUGUUGUACAUCUUCACACAUUGGGUACCCCAUUUCUAAGGGAAAAUUGCCACUUGACAUGUUUUAUUUAUGUUUCUGAAAGAAGCAGAAGUAGUGAUUAAGGCAGUUUUCUUGCAUGUAGUUGUCAGCAUUUCUUUGCUAACUCUUAAGAUUAAGGAAAUAUAUAUAUAGGGUUUGAGGCUUUAGUACUGAAACAAAUGCUGUCAUGUUAGUAUCUCAAAGACUAAGGGAGAAGGUAAAGGCCCAGCUGUGACCUAAAUAUUUUGCCACAUCUAACACUUGUUUGUAUGUCGUUUGCACCUUUCUUCAAUUUAGUCUUUUCUCUGGAUCUCAAACUGUUAGUGCUGCUGACUUUGUAAGAGUUCCUAUAUGACCUAUAUUUUUUGCCCACUUCAUGUUAAUAUUUCAUAGAUAAAGGAAGAAUGCAAAGGGCCACCUGUGACCUAAAUAUUUUGACACCUCUUACACUUGUUUGUUUGUCAUUUUGCACCUUUCUUCUGUUUAGCCUUUAAGGUCUCAACUGUUAGUGUGCUGACUUUGUAAGAGCUCCUGCCCUUUAUGGAUUUCAUUUGUUGCUUAGCUUCAUUAAUAAAAAGACGAGUUUUCAUCUUUGGAACAAGUCAAGAAAUUUAGAAAUCAAAACUUGAGACAUUUCAAUUAUCAUGCUUUUCACAGCCAAUGAUGAUUCUAUAUGAUGAAGUCUCUAAGGUGUUCACUUCUUUGGUCAAGCUUUCAAUUCAGUGCUGUGAGUUUAGACUUUGUGCUGCUUCACUGUGGCUGGGUUUGAGAGUUGAUAUAUUUGUUGAUACAUUUGAUUUUGUCUGGCAUAGUCAUGCACAAGAUUUAGAGUUGUUUUUGAAUUGACAAUGUGUCAAGUGGAUUUGAAGAUAGACGAGACUGAUUUCAAGCUGGGUCGUAGAAAAUGAAUAUCAUUCCAGUGAGGGAAAAAAAUCACAUAUUGAUUUAAGUAUCAGAACAAUAAUGCAGCUAGACUGACUGAAUGACAUGAUUUAUAGUGGCAGUGAACUACGAUGAACCUCCAAGAAACUUACAAUGAACCACCAUCUCUUGCUCUAUCUUUUAAAGUCUCCCAUAAAAAUGUUUUAAGUUGCUUCAAUUGCUUCAACUGUUCUGGACUAAUCACUCACAUGGACUAAAGUCUUGGUUUGUUUUUUCCCCUCAAAAGCCAUGUUUACAUUGAUUUUCAGUUCCUAGACAAUGGAGCUCAAACAAAACACAAACUUCACUACAUUGAAGAAGAGCAUUAAAACAUGACUGUUUGAAAUUAUGGAGAUGAGUUUAUCAUUUUAACUCCGGUGUUUAUGUUAGUUUCUUUCUCCUAGCAUCUUGAGCCUACAUUCAGUUUAGCUUAUGUGGAAACUUCAUCUAUCCCUUAGUCUGUUGGACCGUUGGGGCACCGUGCUAGAUUUGUCAACCAUCUUUCUCCAUUCCUCUGUAUUUUUCCUUUGAUAGAACCUCUUGCAGAGGCAUCUAUUCUUUUUUGUGUUUCCAUCACUUUGUCUGCCUCAUUUUCUCAACCUGGCACUGUUCCCUAAAGGAAGGUUUUUGCAAGCCCUUAGACCUUGUAAUACAGCCACAGAGUUUUAGUUUGUGUUUUUUAACAAUAGUGAGCAGGUCAUUGUGUGGACCAAUCGAUUUAGUAACCCUGUCUCUAAUCUCUUUGCUUCUGAUGCGGUCUUUAAGUGUGUUCCCUAGGAUCCUUCUGUAGCAUCUCAAUUCCAAUGCUAGGAUCCUCCACUCUAGCUCUGCAGUCAGCGUCCAAGACUCGCAAGCAUUUAAAAAUGUGGCCAUGACCAGGGAGCAAUAUAGAAAUGAAAUAAUUUUAGAAUUGAACAAGGAGAAUUAGAAUUUAACUCCCCCAUCCAUCUAACAAAUGCACAAGUUUUGUUCUCCCAUAUAUAAACGUGUUACAGCUCAGCAGCAAUAAAGCUGGCUAGAAGAAGAAGAAUAUAAACUUUUUAGUUUGUAAAUUGUUGUGUUGUCCAAAAGUUUAUCUACAGUCAAACAAUUUUGAUUCUGUCUUUGACAUUGUUUUGUUUACAUUUUAUAACACAUCUUUGUAAGUAGUAUGAUAUUUUUCAAUGAACUUGUUUGGACUUAUUUGUUUUAAGUGCUACUAUAAAGGCUAGACAGGUACUUUCUAGUGUUACUUUGAACUGUUUAUUGUAAAGAUUAAAUACAUAUGUGUGAUGGUUCUAGUA